AUGUUUUUCUCUUCUGAAUCAAAAGCCACCAUCACGAAGAAUAGUAGCAACUGGCCAGGUGAAGAAAGUCAUGCCAACUUGCGCUUAUUCUCUUCUAAUGAACUCAAAAUUGCCACCCAAAACUUCUCUUCCUCUAACAAGAUUGGAGAAGGUAGCUCUGGCUCUGUGUACAAGGGUUGGCUGGAGAAUGGUUCUGUAGUGGCUGUGAAGGUUCUUUCAGUUGAAAUUGAAUCUAUGCGUGGAGAGAGAGAAUUCGUGUCUGAGUUAGCUGCACUCCUCCUAUGUACUUUACUAG